UGAACGAGCUUCCGUCGUGAAGUGACAUGGUAACAGCAGCAAGUGAACCUCAACAAAGGCGUAACCCGCUGUCACAAGCGGAGAAGGUGUUACCAGACCGGACCCACUGCUCAUUGAAAAGUCAAUUGAUAUUCGCAUUCUUUCUCCAUCACUGUACUUGUGUCUAUCUUAUAGCGUAACAUCCUGUCGUUACUGUUUCAUCAUAAUGUCUCUGCUUCCACAUCUACGCUCCAUCAAUGAGCACAAUCUCCGGACACUGCGCGAGUCCCCGAUUACGGAGCUCUCAGGUGCUAUGGGCGACCUUGGAACAUUGCUACCUCUAAUGAUUGCACUGGCUCUGAACGGAUCUAUCGACCUGUCUGCAACCUUAGUCUUUUCCGGGUUGACGAACAUCCUCACUGGCGCACUCUAUGGAAUACCUCUUCCCGUCCAGCCAAUGAAGGCUAUUGCUUCGGUCGCUAUUAGUCAAUCGUUCAGCAAACAGGAGACCAUGGCAGCAGGCUUGACGAUGGGCAUGGCCGUCUUCAUCCUCAGUGCGACAGGUCUGCUCCGGUGGCUCAAUCGUGCUGUACCGGUACCGGUGGUUAAGGGUAUUCAGGUUGGAGCUGGGCUCGCACUUGUCAUCAGCGCAGGCUCUAGCCUUAUCACCCCUCUUGGAUGGGUCACACCAGGCUGGGACAACAAGAUUUUAGCAGUCAUAGCCUCUCUACUGCUCGUCGUUGCAGCUCUACUUUCAAGAGUGCCCUAUGCGCUGGUCAUGACUGUCGUCAGUUUGUUCAUAGCGAUUGUUGUCACUCCAAGUGCAGCGUACGGAGACACUAAAGGUGGUAUUUGGCGUCCUACCGUGGUUGUCCCUAAUAGCAAGUCUUGGAGAAUCGGCGCCAUCGACGCAGCAAUACCUCAGCUACCGUUGACUACGCUCAACAGCAUUUUAGCCGUCGUAUCCUUGGCAUCAUCAUUAUUUCCAACAUAUCCACCUACUCCCACGACGACUUCAGUCGGAUUCUCUGUAGCCAUAGCCAACCUCAUCGGCUGCUGGUUCGGAGCGAUGCCGAUUUGCCAUGGCUCUGGUGGUCUGGCUGGUCAGUACCGCUUUGGCGGGCGUAGCGGCUCUUGUGUCAUGCUUCUUGGACUGCUGAAGCUGGUACUCGGUCUGGUCGCGGGCGAUGCUAUCGUGCCACUGCUCCAACGCUUCCCGAGAAGUCUUCUGGGCGUUAUGGUCCUUGCCGCUGGCAUCGAACUUGCCAAAGUCGGACAGAGCGUUGGCGAAAGCAGAGACCUUUGGGAGCAGGCUGAGCGUGAGGACGAACAUGGAGAAUCCUUCACAGACACGGAGAAGGAGCGCGAGCGUGAGCGAGGGAACAGGUGGUUGACCAUGCUCAUUACAGCCGGUGGCUGCUUAGCGUUCAAGAAUGAUGCAAUUGGAUUUCUAGCAGGGCUUAUCUGGCAUUGGUCAUUGACGCUACCAGCAUGGAUCGACAAAUUGAGACGUGGCUCGGUAAGACUGGGUCAAGAAGACGUGGAUGAGUAAGGCUCGACAUUGCCGGCCGCAAGCGCCUAUUCCGCUCCGCCGUGUGGUAGUUGUUGGUCUGACCCAUGCAAAUUCUGACACGAUGCUAUGCAGAUUCAUGAUUUCUAAGCUGACAUGAUGCGCGGCCACGUCCCGGGCCUGACCGGCCCAACGUUCAUAUACUGAUUACUGUACUUACUUGAAGAACCGUG